AACACGGUCACACCAAAACUUUGGCGUUGGCUUAAAAAAAACUGAACACAGGAAAAUUGAUUUUUCGCUCAAAUCGAAAGCAACACCUUGGGCUACAAUUUCAUUUCUCGAAAUCGAACUCUGGCUGGCGGAUUGAUAGAGACAAAGAAAAGCCAAUAUGUCAGCAUCGCAGGUUGACCAGAAACGUGCCCUCAACAAGCUGAAGCACGAUUUGGAGCCCUUCCGGACAGCCAUCGUGGGAGCCUACGGCGUGAUCACCUGGGAGAAGCAGUACUACGCCGGCGUGGUGUUCGGGGCCAUCAGCGUCCUGUACCUGGUGCUCUGGUACCUGGACCUCUCGCUGAUCACCCUGCUCUCACUGCUGGGUCUGCUUGGCCUAAUACUAGACUACGUGUUCCCCACGGUCUCGCGCCUGAUCUUCGGAGGCGGCAACUGGGACGGCGAUCAGGAGGCCAAGUUCGAGGACGUCUGCGGUCAGGUGUGCGCCGUCAAGGGCAAACUAGUGCUCUGCUAUGAGUACCUUUUCAAGGAGCGAAAGUCCACAGUGUUCGUGAUCAUCAUCAGUCUGGUACUCCUAGUUCUUGCCUGGAUUGGGGCCAUAAUCAACAAUCUUCUGCUGAUGUACCUGACCACGCUGCUCAUUGCCAUGUGGCCGGGUCUGCAGGACAAGGACGUCUUCAAGGGCAUCACCCAGAAGGUAUCGAAGUUUGUCAAAGAUAAGAUUCAAUGCGGCAAGAGGAAGCUGCAGUAAAGAAUAUACCAUCUCAACCAAUCAGAUACACUCAUCACCAUUUGACCAAAAAUAUUUAACAAACCUAAGUCAUCUACUUGCCAUCAUGCACACAUCGCAACUGUCACUAAAUACACCAUCGAGCAUUGAAUUUGAACUAAGAAUAUCUUAAAUUCUUAAAAGUGCAGCAGCAUAUUGAAAGUAUUCUCAUCGGAUAUCUAGCUAAUCCCGUCGUGGUCUUCGCCCCAUCACAUCUCCUACUAUAAGUUUGUAACAUGUAAGAGCGAAGAAAUCUCGAAGCAAGGCGUACGGAGAGAGAAAAAGAACGCGCCACAAAAGACAAGACAUUUUUGUGAUUAUUUUGUGAGUUAAUUGAAAUUUAUGAUAAUCCCGAGUAAGAUACAAAAGAACUUAAGCGUCUAAUGAACUAUAUUUAAAUAAAGAUUUCAACUGAAUAGAUCAAAUAA